GCGAGAGAGGACAGAAACCGCGCAGUCACUGAGAGACGCGCACGAUCACUGAGAGACCCGCACAAUCACUGAGAGACCCGCACAGUCACUGAGAGACGGCGACCGAGGCACAGCCAGAGGAUGAUGGCGGACUGGUGUGUGCGGGCUGGGACGCUGCUCCUGGUGCUGCUGCUGCUGGUGGCUGUGGCGCUUGCUGACAAGCCACCGACAGUGUACGUCUACACUCGGAAUCCAAUAGAAUUUGGAGUGCAAAACCAGCUGAUCUGCCACUCUGACAGCUUCCAUCCACCGCGUAUCUCUAUUUCUUUGAGGAAGGACAAAGUCAAAUAUGAGAACUGCGUGGAAAGUGACCUCUCCUUCCAUAAGGACUGGACCUACCACAAAACCGUACAUGUCCCCUUCACUCCUAAAGAGGGGGAAACGUAUGAAUGUGAGGUGAACCACAAUGAGGCGGGACCGAAGGUAUACCAGCUUGAGGCUCUGCUGUAAGAACCUGGGGAUGAGAGAACAAUCCACAUCUACUCCCCUCACCCAAGGAUUGAAUGACUGAUAAUGGGUUUCCUUCCUGGAUGGCUAGCUCUAUUUUGGCCUGGUCAGCUAAUUGUAAUGAGGGUCUGGAGAUAAUACCAUUCAUGUGUGGUCGUACGGCCAGUACUCACCGGCUUCAACAUGAAGUUUACCCUUCGGUGACUCUGCUGAUUGAUGUGUAAUUGUUAUACCAUCCUGAUCCGUGUGUUCCAGAUUCAUGUAAACCUCGUGCCAGUCUGUGUAUCUGCUCUGUACCUAUGCCAGAUCGAUAUACAAGUUGUUGUAGACAACUGCUUAUAACAUUUGUAACAUCCACAUACGUAUAAAGCCUGUGAUUAUGAAGGUAGAUAGUUUUCCCCAUGCACAACAGCCUUUCAGUAAGUGCCCUUUAAAAAAGGCAGAAGUUCUCCAAAUUACCCGGAAGUUCUUCCAAAUUUACAGUCUGUUUAUACAAUUGCAGGAUGAUGGGUUUAAUCACAGCUAAUACAACAUUAAACGAUUUUCUUUGUAUUUAUGAAAUGUAUCCAAUUUUCUAUUGAGCUUAUAUCAGUAUUUACUACACUGCAAUAGGGGGUGUGUGCUUCUUCAUAAUACAAGGAGGGGGGGGGUGUUAAUCUGUGUCACGCAGAGGCUUUGUCUUACAUAUGCUUAGUUAAGUAAGGGUUUGCCAAUAAAAAACUUUUGGAAACUA